AUGAUCCUCCUUUUCUUUCAAUUAUUUCUCUCUCUCUCUCUUUCAAUUCUCUCCCUCCCACUUUUUCUUUCAAUUCUCUCCCUCUCGCUCUCUUUCAUUCACUCCUCUCUCUCUCUCUCUCUCUCUCAGUUCACUCCACUCUCUCUCUUUCAGUUCACUCCUCUCUCUCUCUCUUUCAGUUCACUCCUCUCUCUCUCUCUUUCAGUUCACUCCUCUCUCUCUUUCAGUUUCCUCUCUCUCUCUUUCAGUUCACUCUCUCUCUCUCUUUCAGUUCACUCCUCUCUCUCUCUUUCAGUUCACUCCUCUCUCUCUCUCUCUUUCAGUUCUCUCUCUCUUUAUUUCAGUUCUCUCUCUCUCUUCAUUUCAGUUCCUCUCUCUCUCUUUAUUUCAGUUCCUCCUCUCUCUCUCUUUAUUUCAUUCACUCCUCUCUCUCUUUUAUUUCAAUUCCUCCUCUCUCUCUUUAUUUCAGUUCCUCCCUCUCUCUUUAUUUCAGUUCCUCCUCUCUCUCUUUAUUUCAGUUCCUCCCUCUCUCUCUUUAUUUCAAUUCCUCCCUCUCUCUCUUUAUUUCAGUUCACUCCUCUCUCUCUUUAUUUCAGUUCACUCCUCUCUCUCUUUAUUUCAGUUCACUCCUCUCUCUCUUUAUUUCAGUUCACUCCUCUCUCUCUUUAUUUCAGUUCACUCCUCUCUCUCUAUUUCAGUUCACUCCUCUCUCUCUUUAUUUCAGUUUCCUCUCUCUCUCUCUUUAUUUCAGUUCACUCUCUCUCAGUUCCUCCUCUCUCUCUAUUUCUCUCUCUCUCUCUAUUUCAGUUUUCUCUCUCUCUGUUUCAGUUUUUCUCCUCUCUGUCUCAGUUUUUUCUCCCUCUCUCUCUCUGUUUUUUCUCCUCUUUCAAUUCUCUCUCUCUCUCUCUCUCAUCAAGUCAGGCCUUAAAAUUCUUUUUUCUGGGCUUAUUUUUUAUGUUUUCCUUUCUUCUGAAUCUUUACAUUUUUUUUGCUUCUUGCCUUUUUGCUUUCUUUAUUAAUCUCUCUUUUUUUCCUCACCCCCCCUCUCUCUGUCAAUCUUUCUUCUUUUCUCCUUCCUUGUAUUUUCUUCCUUCAUAUCUAUUUUUGCAAUUUAUAAAAACCGUCCUUUUCAACUCUUUCAGUUGA